CGCGCUGGAGGAACUUCCUCGGCACACACACAUACACGCACACACGCUCACUCGCACACGGAGACCCUGAGCGUGAGCUCACCUCAAGAGAGCUGAUUUACCUGAGAUUUACCUGAAUUAACUGAGACUGACGGAGAAACUGAGGAUAUUUAACCCAAUCUGUGCUGUUUUGACGGGCGUUGUCUGUCAGAAGAGGAAAAUAUAUAUAAAAAGCUUCCGCCAGUAUUUCACUCCGUUUCUCUUCAACAACAGCGCUUUAUUUGGCUGUUUCCUCCUACAGACAUCACCUGCAGAAGCUCUUCUGGUUAUUUCACCCGGAUUUCUGCGUGAUUUGUAUAUGAUGUGGUGGAGAAGUGGAGAGACUGCGAGCGGAUCGGGAUUGUUUGCGCGGAUGAUGAUGAUUUCUGUGGGGGUUUUUACUCUUUUAUCGCUCACCAUAAGCUCCGCUGCGGCUCAAGAUGAUGAUUAUCUGGGACUGGGAGAACUCCCAGAGACAUUCCCGUCGGACCCGCCGGAGCCGCUUCCACACUUCCUAAUGGAGCCGGAGGAGGCUUAUAUUGUCAAAAACAAGCCUGUGAAUCUGUACUGCAAAGCCACGCCAGCCACGCAGAUCUACUUCAAGUGCAACAGCGAGUGGGUCCAUCAGAAGGAGCACACAGUGGAGGAGCGCGUGGACGAGACCUCCGGUCUGGUGGUGCGUGAGGCCAGCAUUGAGAUCACCCGUCAGCAGGUGGAGGAGCUCUUCGGUCUGGAGGAUUUCUGGUGUCAGUGUGUGGCCUGGAGCUCUGCUGGGACCACCAAGAGCCGCAAAGCCCAUGUCCGCAUCGUGGAGUGGCUGAAGAACGAGGAGAUUAUCGACCCUGCAGACGACAGAAACUUCUACAUCACCAUCGACCACAACCUGAUCAUCAAACAGGCCCGUCUGUCGGACACCGCCAACUACACCUGCGUGGCCAAAAACAUUGUGGCCAAACGGAGAAGCACCACAGCCACGGUCAUCGUCUACGUGAAUGGUGGCUGGUCGACGUGGACUGAGUGGUCAGUGUGCAGCAGUCGAUGUGGUCGUGGCUUUCAGAAAAGGACCCGCAGCUGCACAAACCCUGCGCCGCUCAACGGAGGAGCUAUCUGUGAGGGUCAGGCCAUACAGAAACUGGCCUGUAACCCGCUGUGUCCUGUGGACGGCCUGUGGACGGAGUGGAGCAAGUGGUCGACGUGUGGGACAGAGUGCACUCACUGGAGGCGCAGGGAAUGCGGCGCACCGGCCCCCAAAAAUGGAGGAAAAGACUGUGAGGGAACCGUGCUGCAGUCAAAGAACUGCACCGACGGACUCUGCAUGCAGAGUUCCUUAUAUCAGAAGUCCUUCGAGCACACAGACAAGAGCAAUGCUCUGCCACAUCCAUCGGCCCCCAGCACAGAUGACGUGGCGCUGUACGUUGGCAUCGUGAUCGCCGUCAUCAUGUGUCUGGUGAUCUCGGUGAUCGUGGCGCUCUUCGUCUACAGGAAAAACCACAGAGACUUCGACUCCGACAUCAUGGACUCGUCUGCGCUCAAUGGAGGAUUCCAACCCGUCAACAUCAAGACAGCACGCACAGCGGACCUGCUGACGGCUCCUCCAGACCUGACGUCGGCCGCUGCGCUGUACCGCGGGCCGGUUUACGCUCUGCAUGACGUGGCUGAUAAAAUCCCCAUGACCAACUCCCCGCUGCUGGAGCCGCUGCCCAACCUGAAGAUCAAGGUGUACAACUCGUCAGGGCUGGUGACCCCGCAGGACGACCCCAGCGACGCCUCGCCCAAACUGCCCCGCGCCCUGCUGGACGGCGACACCAUCGGCCGGCGCACACACACACAGACGCAAACACUGCUGCGCUGCUGGGACCCGUCCUGCACCGCGUUCGGCUCAUUCAACGCGCUCGGGGGACACCUGAUCGUGCCAAACUCAGGAGUGAGCUUGUUGGUGCCAGCGGGUGCCAUCCCUCAGGGUCGCGUCUAUGAGAUGUACGUGACGGUUCACAGGAAGGAGAGCAUGAGGCCGCAGGUGGAUGAUGCACAGGAGACGGUUCUGAGUCCGGUGGUCAGCUGUGGUCCUCCUGGGUCUCUACUGACCCGUCCUGUCAUCCUGACCAUGCACCACUGCGCAGAGGCCGACAGCGAAGACUGGCUCAUCCAGCUCAAGAGCCAAUCACAGCAGGGCCAGUGGGAGGACGUGGUAGUGGUGGGCGAGGAGAACUUUACCACCCCCUGCUACAUCCAGCUGGACGCGGAGGCCUGUCACCUGCUGACGGAGACGCUGGGCACCUACUGUCUGACGGGGCAGUCGGUCAGCGCCGCCGCCACCAAGAGGCUCAAACUGGCCAUAUUUGGACCCGUCAGCUGCACCGCGCUGGAGUACAACAUCAGGGUCUACUGUCUGGAUGACACGCAGGAUGCACUCAAGGAGGUGCUUCAGAUGGAGAAGCAGAUGGGUGGAAAACUGCUGGACGAGCCCAAAUCUCUCAACUUCAAGGACAGCACACACAACCUGCGCCUGUCUCUGCACGACAUCCCACACACACUCUGGAAGAGCAAACUCAUCGCCAAAUACCAGGAGCUGUCGUUCCAGCAGGUGUGGAGCGGCUCUCAGCGUCACCUGCACUGCUGCUUCACUCUGGAGCGCUUCUGCAGCUCCACACUGGAACUCUCCUGCAAACUGUGUGUGCGGCAGGUGGAGGGAGAGGGGCAGAUCUUCCAGCUCAACACCACCCUGACGGAGGACUCUCAGUGCAUCGACACGUCUCUCCUGGAUCCGGCCAGUAACAUCACCACUCUGGUGGGUCCGAACGCUUUCCGCAUCCCGCUGUCCAUCCGACAGAAGCUGUGUGGGAGUCUGGACGCUCCACAGACCCGCGGCAAUGACUGGAGGAUGCUAGCUCACAAACUCAACCUGGACAGGUAUCUGAACUACUUCGCCACCAAGUCGAGUCCGACCGGAGUGAUCCUGGACCUGUGGGAGGCGCAGCACUUCCCGGACGGGAACCUGAACCGGCUGGCGGCCGUGCUGGAGGAAAUGGGACGACACGAGGGCAUCAUAGCAGAACACUGACCCGCCGGACCCCCGCGGCCAGAUCACUGUGAGCACGCAGACCUGCUCCGGAAGACAACAGGAAGAGGACGGGGGGAGAGGAUGAGAAGGGGAAGAGAAUGAACGAAGAAAAGGGAAGAGAAAUAAAACAAGAGGAAACGAAUAGGAAGGGGAAGAGGAAUAAAACAGGAAGAGAACGGGAAGGGGAAGAGGAAAAGGAAGAGAUUAACAAAAGGAUAAGAACAGGAAGAGGAAGAGAACAGGAAGGUGAAUAAAACAGAAAGAGGAAGAGAACGGGAAAGGGAAAAGGAAGAAAACAGGAAGAGAACAGGAAAUGGAAGUCCUCUACCAGUCCAAUCAGUUUCCCAGGAAACGUCACUUCUGCUGUCCAAAUAUCCUCCGAGAGCGACGUCACCAUCAAAACAAACACGUGGAGGAUCCUCUAUAGGAGAGCGUGUUGAAGAUGCCUUUAUUUAUACGCUCAUAUCUGUUCUUAUGGUUUUCCUUGUUUUAUUACGCCAUCCAGUGGACGAGCCCUGUAACUACACGUCCAGCCUCUUUUGUGUGUGUGUGUGUAUAUAUAUGAGCGAACACAUUUUAACUGUUUAACAGUGUUAUUCUUACUCUGAGAUUAUGUUUCCUUUAUUAUUAAUUUCAUUUUGUUGACUAGUGAUCUGUAUCUAAUGGAAAAUGUAGAGGAAAAGACAAACUAAAGACUAACGGGGGAGCGGAUUCGUGCUGUGGGACUGAACUCUGGAGUUUUCCGGCAGGGUGUGAAUAAAAAAGCUGAUCGGACUUUAGUGAUGGUGCAUGCGGAGCUGCUGCGGUCACACAUGUACAAAGAUCAGCUGGACUAAUAGCCAUUCCUGAGUGUGUGUGUGUGUGUGUGUGUGUGUUUCCGGCGUCUCACUCCACCUUCAGUUUCUCUUGUACGAGUUGAGCAGAUUUCUAAAGCUGUCUAUGCAAAUUCUGCAUCCUUUAUUAAACAAAUUAAACAUGCUUAAAACAGAAAACAGAGAAGAGAAACCGCUAGCAGUCGCUCUCCAUAGCUCUCAUACCUUUAUUAUAUUUAUAGUGAGGAUGUGACUUAUUCUUUUAUGGCACGCUCAUGGUGUAAUUUGCAGAAAGCUUGCAUCUCCUCUGUGAAGUUUCUGUACAAACUGUAAGAAAGAAUUUUUAAACAGGUAAUAAAUUAUAUUUAUAUGCAACACUGA